AAAGAAAAGAAAAUGAGAGAUCCACAGAGAAGGGUAUAGGUAUUUCCAGAAGUGCCCUCGAGGGCUCGAGGCCUCCAAGUGGUUCACCACUCACCACCCCCUCUUAUCUCCUUCCCCCAGCCGCCCUCCGCCUCCGCGCCAUCGACACGCUCGAGAGCGUCGCUGCCUGCUGCUCGCGCGGCUACACGCAAGUAAUAAACAUUAUAUGGCGCUAGUACAGUUCAACGGUGCCUUGGUUCCUCAACUCGGUGAAAAGCCUCGGCUGCUAUCCUUGUCAGCUGCAAUCGCAAAGGCUGCCUAUUCUGAUGCAAGAUUCCUGACACCAAAAACUGGUUCAAGAGGUAGAGGUAAACACCUGCUAUCACCUAGUUAUAGUUUGCAUUCACAGACCUCUUCUGAACAACUAAACCAUGUACCAUCGUCAAGAUUUCGCCAGAAAAGGGGUUCACGUUUUAUCGUCAGAGCUGAAGCUGAUUUCUAUAGUGUACUUGGUGUCUCAAGAAAUGCUAGUAAAUCUGAAAUCAAGAGCGCCUAUCGGAAGCUUGCUAGGAGCUAUCAUCCAGAUGUAAACAAAGAUCCUGGUGCUGAACAAAAGUUCAAGGAUAUCAGUAAUGCUUAUGAGGUUCUGUCUGAUGAUGAGAAGCGAUCGAUCUAUGAUAAAUAUGGAGAAGCAGGUCUGAAGGGUGCUGGCAUGGGCACAGGAGAUUACUCAAACCCGUUUGAUCUCUUUGAGUCCCUGUUUGAAGGGUUUGGUGGAAUGGGUGGAAUGGGGGGUGGCCGUGCUGCUCGGAACAGACCAAUGCAAGGUGAUGAUGAGAGCUACAAUCUGGUACUCAAUUUCAAGGAAGCUGUGUUUGGUGUGGAGAAGGAGAUUGAGAUAACCAGAUUGGAAGGCUGUAACACCUGCGACGGAAGUGGUGCCAAGCCAGGUACAAAGGCAACCACAUGUAAAACUUGUGGAGGUCAGGGCCAGGUAGUCUCCUCCACAAGAACACCGCUUGGAAUAUUCCAGCAAGUCUCCACCUGCAAUACUUGUGGUGGCACCGGUGAAUUCUCCACUCCUUGCAACACCUGUGGGGGUGAUGGCCGGGUGCGAAGGACAAAGAGGAUCAGCCUAAAGGUUCCUGCUGGAGUGGAUUCUGGAAGCAGGCUGAGGGUCCGGUCUGAGGGUAAUGCUGGGCGGCGAGGAGGCCCUCCUGGGGACCUUUAUGUCUUCAUUGAUGUUCUCUCUGAUCCUGUUCUUAAGCGAGAUGGGACAAACAUUCUCUACACAUGCAAGGUUUCUUACAUUGAUGCAAUCCUUGGGACAACCGUCAAAGUCCCCACUGUUGACGGAACGGUUGACCUUAAGAUACCCUCAGGGACUCAGCCAGGCACAACUCUGGUGAUGUCCAAGAAAGGUGUCCCGCUUCUCGGGAAGUCAAAUGCCCGUGGAGACCAGCUGGUGCGUGUCCAGGUUGAGAUUCCGAAGCGUCUGAGCAGCGACGAGAAGAAGCUAAUUGAGGAGCUUGCAAACCUGAACAAGGCUCAAACAGCCAAUAGCAGGAGAUGAUUAUCGCACAUGGCUUCGUAGGACAGCGUGCUUGUGUGAUAGGCAAUUUUGAUGCAAACUGCAGUGAUGAUUGGAUGAAAAGAGUUGGUAGUGAUAAACUCUUCUACGAACUACAUACAGCAAGGGGUCUGGAGCAAAAAAAUGUGCCGUUCCACAUCUGUAACCUCGUUUUUAAGCUAUUGAAAGUUGAGUCAGUGAACUGGACGUUUUUGCAAUAGCUUAGCAUAUGCACUAGGCGACUUUAUUAGCCAUUUUUUUUUGUUGUUAUACGGCUUUUGUAUUCUUGGAAGCCUUAGGCAAGAUAUCUGAUGGUGGAAUCAGGUUUAGACUUGACAUUUCUUGCACAAAUGCUGCACCAUGCAUUCAUGGAAUCUGUAAGCUGUACCAUGGAAAUGUUAACUGUAGUUUUAUGGUUUGUGAUGCAUUGGGGGUUUA